UCCAUUGUACGGAGCAGAGGAGCUGAUCGGGGAGAGGGUAGAUGCCCGGAAACGCCGACAGGAGGAUCUGAACGGGAUGCCGGAGCUGAAAGAUGAUCAGGUGGAGCCCCAGGACGAUGUGGUCGGCCUCGACUUGGGUGAACCGUCGCCGGAAGUGAUGGAGUACGCGAGAAGGGAGCUGGGUGAGACCGAGGAGGUCAAGUGUCAGACCGUUAACGAACUUCGAGACAUGAUUUACGAGAGGGGGGAAUGCCAGCCGCAUAGAAUGGACGAUGACUUCCUGGUCAGGUUCCUCAGGGUGAGGAAUUUCAAUGUGAACCGGGCGCAUCGAUUGAUAGUGAAUUACUACAACUUCAAAGAGCAACACCCGGAGAUCCAUCAGGACGUGAAUCCCGUGAAGAUGAACCACAUCGGUGAGGACGACGUGAUGACGGUGCCGCCGUACAGGACCCAAUGCGGCCGACGGAUGAUGAUCUUUCGAUUGGGCAAUUGGGAUCCGAGGAAGUAUUCGAUGGAGGAGAUAUUCAAGGCUACCGUGAUCAUUCUUGAGCUGGGCGUGCUGGAACCGAGGGCGCAGAUUCUUGGCGGGGUCGCCGUCUUUGAUCUCGAAGGGAUCACGAUGUCGCACGCAUGGACCAUCACGCCACAGGUGGCCAAUAUGGUGAUCGCCCUGAUGGUGUCAGCGUUCCCAAUGAAGACCACCGCCAUACACAUCCUCCAUCAGUCCUGGGUGUUCGACGUGAUGUUCGCGGUGUUCAAGCCGUUGCUGGACGUUCGUAUGCAGAACAAGAUCUUCUUCCACGGGAGCAACAUGGACAGCCUCCAUCAGCACAUCCAUCCGGCGCAGCUGCCGAAAAAAUACGGUGGCACUCGCGAGGAGUUGCCCUAUUAUAAAUGGAUCCAGAGUCUGAGCAAGGAUCCGCAGAUCGUCAAGGAGAUGAUGAUGCUCGGUUACGUGCUCGACGAAGACAUGCUCAAGCAGCUGAACGAGAAACACCAAGACUGA